AUGAAGUCGAGUACAGAAUUGAGCGUCCCACUGCUCUUUCUACUCUGGUCGCUGGCAUUCCAUCUCCUCUCCACGGUCGAGACGUAUAUUGUCCUAUCCUUACUGUAUCGAUAUUACCGCAACAAGCUUUGUUUUGAAUUCGCAUAUUCUGUUCCAGUUUUCAAGGACAAACACGUCCUAAAUGUCCAAAUAAAAGUUGUUAUUGAUGAAUACACAGAUGUGAAAGGUGUACACUCUUUUCAUUCCGAAUUUCAAAUUUGUCAUGUACUAACUUUCGAGUUUGUGUGUGUGUUCAGGAUAGUCCGUACGGGAAAAUAUUCCUUCCGCAACGUUAGCGACCACAAGGAUACCCAACCAGAAAGAGUACACAUUAUCAAACAGAUUGGCUUGAAAGAAAAAAGAAAGCGUUCAGCUGUGCCUGGUGCCCGGUGCCUAGCUGCCAUGCCACCCGAAGGAAGCACGAGGGCUGGGAUACUGCCAGGUUGCCCAAGCCUAGACAGGGGAAGUCGAGUGGCGGAGGUCGGAUUCGAACCACGGACCUUCCGGUCAGUAAAUUCGCGCUCUAACCACUUGGGCCGUCUCGCUUGA